AUGUUUCGGGUAUUGUUUGUGGCCGCUUUGGCCGUCGAAACGAUCCUUUGCCACGUGUCACCUCCGAUGGUUGUCGGAAGACCGAGAGAGGGAUUGGUGAGGGGAGAUCCGGCCGAAGGGCCCACUUCAGAGGAUCAGUACAUGGUCUACUCGGAAAUCACUCAACAGGUUGACCACUUCGGCAACAAUAGCGACACUUGGAGACAGGUAACAUGCAGAUGGGAGCAAGUUUACCAAUUCACUUUCAGAGGUACCAAUAUAACUCAAAGUUCUACAAUAAAACUGUCGGGUACGUGUUCUUGAUGCUCGGAGGAGAAGGAUCCAUCAAUGUGACGAACGGAGACAAAUGGGUCCGACACGAGGGAGAAACGAUGAUGACGUGGGCGGCAGAGUUCCAAGCAGGCGCCUUCCAGGUCGAGCACAGAUUCUACGGAUCGAAAGAAUAUUCGCCGUUAGGGGAUCAGUCGACUGCAAGCCUGAAACUUCUGACAAUCGACCAGGCACUUGCGGAUGUCAAAGAGUUCAUCACUCAAAUGAACGCUCUUUACUUCAAAGACGACAAACCUAUUUGGAUCACUUUCGGAGGAUCGUAUCCGGGAAGUCUUUCUGCUUGGUUCAGAGAGACUUAUCCAGAAAUGACGGCCGGAGCUGUCUCCUCUUCGUCUGCUGUUCAUGUAUUUGUGGACUAUUACGGUGAGAGAGAAAUCAAGAAUACCGUAGAGUAACUGAAUCAUAGGCUACGCCAUCAACACCGAAAAGACAUACCGAACAGUCAGUGAUUCAUGCGCCGACGUCAUUGGAGCAGCUUUCAAAAAGAUCGUGGCAAAGGCUUACAACGGGGCGGACAGCAGAGCACUUCUGAAGCAACAGUUCAAGUGAGCAUCAGAAAAAGUUCAUUUUGACCCAAAUGGUUUCAGUUUGUGUGAUUCUUUCGAUGAGAACAAUCUCUCCAAGUCUCUGCAGUUCUUCUUCCAGAACAUUUACGGAUAUUUCCAAGGAAUCAACCAGUACACUGGAGACAACAGAGUCAAUAAUCCGAGAAAGUUCCUGUCUAUAACACUUUUCUUGCUUAGAACAAUGCGACCCGCUCUGGAUUGGGAGUUCCAGCUGCAUGCAACAUUCUCAACAACGCAACGAUUGGAGACGAAAUCCAGAGAGUCAUCGCAGUUGUGAGUGAUCUUUGUGAAAUGUGUGAAGUACAGACUUCGACUGUCAGAUGGACUUCUAUGACUCGUGGAAUCCACCGGGCAACUGCCGGCCCAACAACUACUCUUCGUUUAUCGAAUAUUAUUCAAAUACCACUAUGCCGAACGAUGACGUCAGUAAGUGAAGUAGAACAUUUAACAAGUGAAAACUGCACUUUAUUCAGUCAGCACUCGUAGUUGGAUUUGGCAAACUUGCACAGAACUUGGAUAUUAUCAGACGACCGACGGAGGGAACCAAGGAAUCUUCGGAUCGACUGUGCCCCUCGAGUGAGUGUCUGUUCCUCUUUACUCUCAAUAACUCCCCGAUUCAGUUUCUUCGCCGAUCAGUGCAUUGACCUGUUUGGUCCUGAAUACACUCUCGACAACACGUUCACGCUGGUCGACCAAGUACGCGCCAAGUACGGAGGAGCCGAUGCCUACAGAGGAACGAAAGUGUGCUUCCCGAAUGGAUCGUUCGAUCCGUGGCAGGGAUUGGGACACAAAGUGAACAUAACAAACAAUGACGUGGAUUCGUGGCUGAUUGACGGCACCGCACAUUGCGCUGACAUGUACCCGGCAAGAGAUUCGGACGUACAAUCGCUAAAAGACGCGAGGAAGAGAAUUCAUGACCACCUGGCGAAAUGGCUCGCAGAUGCUCAGGAUCUGAGACAGCACGACAAUGGAUCCUACGGCAACUUCUCUAUUUUCAUUGCUACAUGCAUUGUUAUUCUCCACACUUUGUUUUGAAUAAAACGAAAAAAAACGUCAACUUUUCCAAGAUGACACAUGAAAUGACGUCUGAUUUGUCUCGCACUUUCCCCAGUGAACACACCCUUUCGGCCGUCGUCGCUAAUAAGAUUGUAUGGCAGAAGGAGGGAGGAGGUGCCUAAUAAAAUGAGUUGGAUUGUGAUAAAAAAGAUUGUGCCCACAAGAGAGAGAGAGCGGGCAAAUAUUCAGCGACGGCGCUUAUCAAUCCGACGAAUCACUCGCACAGUCACCUCUUUCGGCAUGAAGUUUGCCGUCUUUCUCGUUGGUACGUCCUUCUGAACUUCGGGAUUAUUCUUCUGAACUCUUUUUGUUUUCAGCUCUUUGUGGCGUCGCAGUCGCCCAAAUCGGCACUGACAACUGCAAUGACGCACAGUUCCUGGCUUGCAACAGCAGGCUUUCCGACUUCUGGAGAACAGAGUUAGUCUUUUGAAAUAGUUAUCUGUUUGACUUCCUCAAUUCCAGUACGUCUACCGCUUGGAAAGACCUGAGCAGCCUCGACCGAAUCACUCAGUCUCUCAUCGUUUCCCCGUACACCAUCGAUUCCUGGGUGAAUGUUUGCAAGUUAGUUUCAAGUGUGACACCCCUUUUAUCAUCUUCCUUACAGUGGCUUCUCCGCCUUCUACGGAUGUCUCGGACAGGCUCAGAUCCGUAACUGCCUCGGAACUGUCGGACUCGUGGCAGCUGGACGUUCCCUUACUGACGCCUACGCCUACCAAGGAUUCCUCGCCGAUUGGGACUUUAAGUGCGGAGUUGGCUUCUGGAGUGAGUCAGUGCGUCCGAUCUUGAAUGCACAAAGAUAUUAAGCAAUCUACGAGCGUAAGGCCCUGACCACGUGCAUCGAGAGCACCUACGUCAACUACCAACAAGACAUCUCUGCCGCCUUGGCCACAUACCAGAUCGCCGUCACCCAACAUCCGGACAACGCGUGCACCUAUGCCCAGACCUUCAUGAACUCCUGGCAGGGCACCUACCAGAAGGGACCGUGCCGCACUGUGAACCCGGCUCAAGCCGGAUGGUUCGGAUGUCAAUCUGCUCGUGAAUGGUCGAACGCUCAGUUCAGACAUUGCCAGCACACGACCACAUGUGCAUGUUUGUUUUCUGCAGUUGAAUAUUCUUCCAAAUAGUGUUUUCAGCGCCAACCACCAUCGAUGCCGUCACCAGAGUCAAUUCCCAGACUGGAAAAACCGAGUACCAAGCAAGUAUGUGUGAAUGUGUUUCUGCCCAUAAAGCGUUUCUGUUUUUUAGUUCCGUUCUACCAAAUCGUUAACAACAAGGCCGUGCUGUUGGAAGAGGCUUCGUGGCUUUCCGAGUAA